AUGUCUUUGGAAAAUACGGAACUUGACAAGGUUGAGUCGAAGCCUGCUGAUACACAGAGUAUUCGUUUAGGAGCACUCAAGGAUGCUAUCGGUGAUGAGUACGAUGAUGAUGCCGUCCUUCGUGCAAAUGGUCAUGAUGCGGUCAUGCCUCGUCAAUUCAACUGGAUAUCUGCCCUCGGUCUAGGGUUCUCUAUUACCAACUCUUGGAUAGGCUAUCUGAGCUGCUUUGGGCAGAACCUGGCCUACGGAGGUGCCCAAGCAUGUAUAUUCAGUCUUAUGGCGGCGUUUGUCGUCCAAUUCACCGUGACGCUGGGACUUGCAGAGCUCGGGUCAUCAUUCCCAUCCAGUGGAGGACAGUAUCACUUCUGUUAUAUCUUGAGUCCCGAGAGGUCGAAGAAAUACACCGCUUAUGUGGUGGGCUGGCUGUCAGUUCUGGCUUGGUGGAUUGUGACUUGCUCGGGGAUUUCCCUCGCGGCUUUGGUUAUGAAUGGCAUUGUGAACUUCUGCAUACCCAGCUACGUAGCCAAUCAGUGGCAGACGUAUUUGACAUAUGUCGGUGUGUCUUUGGUAACAGUCUUACCGGUGUUUACAGUCGCCGGGAGAAUCUCGCUUGUGACCCAAGUAGCACUCUACCUGUCAUUAGCGAGAUACCUGAUAUUCUUCAUUGUAUCGCUGGUAUUACAUCAGCAAACCCAACCUGGAUCGUUCGUGGUUGCGUCCGGAGAGGGUAAUAGCGGAUGGAACGAAGGUACAGCCUGGAUGCUUGCGAUCAGUAACGCAAUGUACGCGUUUGGGGGGACAGACGGAGUCAUCCAUAUCAGCGAAGAGAUUCCCCGUCCGGGAAGAGGAGUCCCACAGGUUAUGAUCAUGACGAUGAUUAUCGGGCUAGUGACCAGCGUGUCCCUGUUCAUUGUCUUCAUGUUUUUCAUCUCCGACAUGGAAGCAAUCAGGCAGUCCCCACUGCCAAGUCUUGAGCUGCUCUAUCAGAUAACAGGAAGUCGGAGUGUCACACUUGGGUUGUUCAUCCUUCUGCUAGCCGCAUAUCUCACAUCUCUCCCAUCCCAAUGGGUCAGCUCUGGCCGGAUCGCCUGGGCAUUCGCUCGCGACAACGGCUUCCCAUUCUUACCGUUCUUCUCGAAAGUCAGCACCCGUCUCAACUUCCCCGUUCACACCACAAUCGCCGCCUUCCUAUUCAGCUGCCUCUAUGGCCUGCUGUACCUCGCCUCCACAACCGCGUUCAACUCUAUCAUCACCUCAGCCGUCCUCUUCCUAAAUAUCACCUACACCAUCCCGCAGGGCUUACUCCUCCUUCAGGGCCGUGACACUUUACCCCCCCGAUACCUGAAACUAGGCUACAUCGGCUGGUACUGUAAUAUAUUCUCCGUUCUUUGGAUCAUCGCACUAUGUGUGUUGAUCUGCAUGCCGCCUAAUCUUCCUGUUGAGUUGGGGUCGAUGAACUUCGUCUGUGUGAUCUUAGUGGGCGUGAUCGUCAUCAUUAAUCUUUUUUGGGCGUUCGUGGGACGGAAGAGGUUCGAAGGUCCGCAUAUUGAUUGGGGUGUUUUGGCGGCGGGAUCGAAGUAG